AUGUAUGAAGUCUCGAUCCUCGUCUCGAUACUAGCAUCGAAAAUCUUAGCACACGUCGUCCUUGAGAACCCAAAGCCCUUCAAAUUUGCCGCUGACGGUCCUACUAACCCAAUUUCUAGCACAGGCGACGACUUUCCUUGUAAAAUGCUACAUGCCGGGCCUACCUACGAGGUUGACGGAUCUCCCACGUCCAUGGCUAUCGGGGAGACUUUCGAAGCGACUUUUAAGGGGCAGGCUGCACACGGGGGCGGUAGCUGCCAGUUUGCUCUUAGCGCCGAUGCAAAGCCAACGAGAUACUCAAAAUGGAUGGCCAUCCACUCUAUUGAAGGCGGAUGUCCGGCUCGCAACCAGAAGGACAACCUCAAGGGCCCGAACAAAGAUAAGUACCCUUUCACAAUCCCUAACAGUAUCACACCGGGCGAGUAUGUUUUUGCUUGGAUCUGGCUCGCUAGGUACAUGAAUUGUGCUCCUGCUACUAUCACCGGCAUGAAGAAAAAGCGUGAGAAUUUUGCUGACCGCCGCAAGUCGUUGGCCAGGCGCGAACAAUUCCCCGAGCUUUUCAUUGCAAACCUGGGUGAUAUCUCCGGUGGCUAUACCACCGGAGAGGCCUUAAACGCGCAGAUUCCCAUUGUACUCCCCAAUUCUGGUAUUUAUGUUGAUCACCCUGAGGGAAAGAAAAACCUUUUUAAGCACCCUUGUGAUGGAAACACUCGAGCAGGAUCACCAGCAGAACCACCUUUUGGGGGUAGUGCUACUUCUAGCACGGUUGGAACGGGUGCCUCAAGCUCGACAACAAAGGGCUCUAUUGUUUCCAUUGCCUCGUCUGUUGUCGCUGGGACAACUACUGCAUUUGAGAGGCAUCCCAUGCAACCUACAUUGCCCACCAACACCGCAGUCUCAACCAACUUUGGCCCUGCGCCGAUAACUACGACUGUAACAAAUGAGGUCACAAUCACUGUAACUGCUACUAUCAUUGCUACCUCAAUUCUCACAAACACGACUCCAGCCCCUGGUACUUGUGGCGAGGACUACCUCACCUGUUUGCCGGAUGAGACUCAUUUUGCUACGUGCACUGGCGGCAAGCUGACUGGUCCGCAACCAAUUGCUCCAGGUUUCAAGUGUGCUGCGGGGGAGGGGGAGGGGGAGGGUGGGGGGCUACAGAUCUCGCCGACUGUGAUAAAAUAACACAGUGAUAGACACGAAGAUAUCGGCAUAGGAGUCUUGAGUGCCUUUUGCUGUGUUAGGAAUGAUGCGGGGGCGCAAACUCGAGAUCAUCAGAUGAGGAUCAAACUGAGAGACUACGAAAACAGCUUAUUCGUGAGAACAAGUCUUAUCAUCGUGUCUCCUCUCCAAAUAUAUCAGAUUUGCGGCCAUUAUGUGUGGAAGGGU